GAUCUCAUAGGUUUAAAUAUGUUACACACGAUAAAAUCGCCUUAUGGAAUAAAUUCACUUGAGUCACGGCGCAGAUUAGUCUAUAAAAUGUUACACCAGUAUCGAUGUUUUGUUAGAUAAUUUUAGAAAUGAUUUUUAGAUCAUUUUUUUUUAUAAAUCAAUAACCGCAGGUUUACUGUGGCUGAUUUUUUACAAGUUUUAGUUCGCGAUAAGUAUUAUUUACUUUAUGUGGUGCUUUUAAAAUGCACAAUACAAUUGCUUAUAGACUAGUUUUAAUGAUUUUUGUCAGUUUUUUUACAACAUUUCAGUUCCUUGCAAUGCUUCGAGCACUAGUCAAUACUUAACAGUAUUAUAUACGUUAUCCUUAGUAUCGGUUUCGUGUUUAUAUUUAAUUUAAUUAAAAUGUUUAGGAAUAAUUUGUGAUAGUAUACAUGUCCUACUUAAGUUAUCUUUGAUUAUCAGUUUUACGUCAAUUUUUCAUGUCGUCGAUGUUGUUAAUACAUAUUUUACCAAAACUAUAUAUGGCACUCGAAUCGACCUCUGCCGCUUCUUCUGCCGAUCAAGUCCGAAUUUGAGCCUGUCGUAACGAAGAAAAAGCAACAAAUGCAGAGAAUCGAGAAGACUCAAAUCCCACCUACUGCGGAAAUAGAACAAAAAUUUUUGCCCGAAAAACACCAUAAAAUUGUCGAUGAAUUAUCCGUGGUUAUCGAUCGAUUGGAUAGUCAGGACAUUAAAUCGCAUCGCGAACGACUUCGACGCGGCAAAAACGUCCGCAGCGAGCCUGCGUCGUAUUCCUGCUUACCCUGCUCUAAGAGCUUCAAAAGUCUCUCGGGCUUCGAGCUUCAUUGCGAGACAGCUGCGCACCAGAGAAAAACCGCCAAAAAGCGUUACGAUUGCGCUUACUGUAAAAAAAGAUUUUCAAACACCAAAGCCAUUAUCAAACAUCUCGAAAAAUGCAUGGUACGCCUCGACAAAAAGUUCCCUUGCGACAAGUGCAACAAAGUGUUCUCGGCCUAUCAAAAUCUCUACAAGCACAAAAAGUGCCACUUGAAGCCCGAUCUGAACUGCAAACACUGCUCGCAAAAAUUUCGCCGCAAGUGCGACUUGGUGCGCCACGAGAAGACUCACUUCUUGACGCCGCUGCCUUGCAGCGAGUGCGACUACGAAACGACCGACCCGCGCCACUUGACGCUGCACGAGACGACGCACAAAAAGUCCGAGAGCGGCGGCAGCGGCGGCGAUUCGCAGAAGCCGUCCGUCUUCGUCUGCGAGGAGUGCGGCAAACCGUUUCAUAAGGCCACGGAUCUGCAGCAGCACUACAACAUCCACACGGGCGACAAGCCCUACGUCUGCGAGUACUGCCAGAAGGCCUUCUUUCUGCGCCGGCAGAUGACCUCGCACGUGCGCCAGGUGCAUCCGGAGAAGAAGCUGCCCAAGGAUCACAGCACGACCUGCGACUUUUGCGGCAAAGUCCUGGCCUCGAAGCGAUCGCUCAUACGCCAUCGGGCCAGUCACAAUCCGACCAAGCUCUACCUAUGCGACUUCUGCGGCAAGAGCCUCAGCAACUCGGACCACCUGAAGAAGCAUCGCAGGAUCCACACGGGCGAGAAGCCCUACGUCUGCGACAUCUGCGGCAAGGGCUUCACCGACUCGGAAAACAUGCGCAUGCAUCGGCGCAUACACACGGGCGAAAAGCCCUACGGCUGCGAUCUGUGCCCGAAAGCCUUCAGCCAGAGAUCGACCCUCAUCAUUCACAAAAGGGGCCACACGGGCGAGCGACCCUACGUCUGCCAGCUGUGCAACAAGGGCUUCGUCUGCCAGGGAAAUUUGACUGUACAUCAGAAAACUGUCUGCGUUUGAUACAAAUUUUAAUCGUGUAACUAUUUUUUUAUGCGAGUGUCACUGUUAUCUUUUUCAUUUCGUACUUUUCGCCGACUGAUUGUAAUGUUAUUUUAACUCGCGAACCCUAACUAAUUUAUCGAUAUCACUUCGAUAGCCAAAGAACUACUAAUAUAAAUUAUUUUACACCCACGACGUCUGGGAUUUGAAAUCACAACGUCAUGAGUAUUAUUUUCGAUUCAAUUAUAUUAUUACUAACGAUGUUUGCUUUUAAUAGUCCGGCCAUCGACCGAUUUUUUACGAAAAUUGUCAUAAAUUCAUUCGUUAAAAUCGGUGUAAUUACCCGAAAGGUAGUUGGAAUAUUCCAAUAUUUUAAUUUGACUGAUUGCUAGUUUUAUAUUUGUCAAUGACUGGACCGAAAAGCUCAUCGAUAAUACAUUUUAAUGCUCAAGUAUUACACCAAGUUCUUAUGUUUUUAUAAUAUUUACGAUAUCCUAUUUUCACGUUAAUUCUAUUGAAGUGUAACAACGAUCUAUACAAUAAUAGUUGACAUAACUUUAUAAGAGAUAUUAGACUGUGCACAAUGUUAUUAUUGGAUAAAUAAUAAAUUAAUGUUUUACCAAUGAACAUUUGACCAUGAUAAAUCACAGUAUAAACUUCCAUGCAUCAUAUCCUAUUAUUUUUUUUUAUUCAGUGAAAAGAUAGGUAAGUUGACUAU